AUGAAUCAAAUCAACAACAUUAAGAUCGCUUCCAGCAUCUUCAGUUUUCUCUGCAUAUGGCAGCAAACUUAUACAUACAGCCUUCCAAAGAAAGGUACCGUGGAAUGCGUUCAUAGUUACCAGUGCAUAGGUGUUCAACUUUGUCAAGAUGGCUUAUGCAAAAUAGCAACAGUGUCAUCGAAGCAAACGUGUCCUCAUGUAUUUAAGAACAAAUGCUCAUCUGACACUGAAUGUGUUUGUCCAGAACAGUCCAUGAUAUGUGAAGACAAUGAAUGUGUAUACAGCAAACACCACAACAUUCCUAAAACAAAAUUUUGCUCCAAACAUGCUGACUGUGACGGAGUGAACGUGUGCGAAGACAAAAAAUGUAGACCAAUAAAAAAUUGGGACGAGUUAAAAAUGUUACGUGCUUCAUCGGACUGCGCAUCGAAUACUGAUUGCAGUGCUGGAGAAGAAUGCAGCAAAAACUUAUGUAUGAAAAAUAAACGCGAUGCAAAAAUAACAAUAGAAUGUCAAAAGGAUUCGGACUGCAGUUCUGGAUAUAAUUGCUUUGAAAAGACCUGCAUAUCCAACUUAUUUGAGAGGCGCGUACUUGAAGAAACACUGUGUUUAGUUAAAGCGUCUAAAAAGUUUUGCAUAUCAAAUAAAGACUGCGACGGAUGUGGACACCAUUUACUCUCUUGUCAACGAUUCAAAUGUAAAUUGCAAAAGCCAACCAGCAAAUCUUAA